AUGUCGCCGACGACAAAGAUCUCUUACUUAUCUGCUCGCGACGGUAACGACGACGAAGGAAGCAUGGAGCUCUCCUACCUGGCCUCCGUGUCAAAGAGCAUAUCGAAGACUAUCAAAAGACUCAUCUUACACAUUGACUCUGUUUUGUACUCGUCGCCUCCACUGUAUCACCACUACCAGGGUUGGAAAAUGAACCGCUCCGGUUAA